CGGGGUUUGGCGGUCGGCGGUUGUGCAGUAGGCGGAGAGAGGAGCGCGGAGAGCGGGCAGAGUUAGAGCGGGAAUACCGGCGAUUAUUGAACACAAAGCGGAGCUGGGUGAAGCAGAGAGCGGCUCCAACCGCGAGUCUUAGGUGUGAGGAGAUCAGACUGGAGCGGAGGAGGCGGGAAGAAGCGACCAGGCUCUGUUUGAAGCCCGAGUUCGUUCACCGGUGUCGGAAAAAGGAGAGAAAGAAAGAAAGAAAGCGCCUCCCUCCCUCUGUUCAGUGAGAGCUGUUAGCGGGGUUAGCACUAGCCUUAGCUUAGCUUUAGCUUUUCUCUGCUCUGCUCCAGGCUGCUCCGCUUUUCUGACCGAAAACAAACAGAGAAAAAUCACUGUGUUUAAUGUGGACUGGACUCCUGCAGGGAAACCAUGGGCUUGACUGGGAAGAAAAUGGAGAAAGGCCCAGUGUGCUGGAGGAAGAGAGUGAAGUCUGUGUACAUGAGGCUACGACAGCUGAAACGCUUCAGGAGAGCUGAUGAGGUGAAGAGCAUGUUCAACUCCAACAGACAGAAGAUAUUGGAGCGCACUGAUAUUCUGAAUCAGGAAUGGAAAUUGCGGCGAAUUCAGCCUGUGCAUAUCAUGACACCUGUGAGCUCCUUACGUGGAACGAGAGAGUGCACAGUUGACAGUGGCUUCACAGAGUUCUCCAAACAAGUCAUUCCUCUGAAAACGCUGAAUGCUGUAGCAUCUGUACCUGUGAUGUAUUCGUGGUCCCCACUGCAACAGAAUUUUAUGGUUGAAGAUGAGACGGUUUUGCACAAUAUCCCGUACAUGGGAGAUGAAAUCCUUGAUCAGGAUGGCACCUUUAUUGAAGAGCUUAUUAAGAACUAUGAUGGAAAAGUACAUGGAGAUAGAGAAUGUGGUUUUAUAAAUGAUGAAAUCUUCGUUGAGUUGGUAAAUGCACUCAACCAGUACAGUGACAAUGAAGAUGAUGACGAUGAUGACGAUCAGCAUGAUUAUAAACUGGAAAAGAUGGAUGUGUGUGAUGGGAAGGAUGACACUGACGAUUCUCGGAAGGACCAACUUCUAAACUCUGAGAGUCGAAGCAGCGACUGCUCCAAAAAGUUCCCCUCUGAUAAAAUCUUUGAAGCUAUCUCCUCCAUGUUUCCUGAUAAAGGCUCACCAGAAGAGCUUAAGGAGAAGUAUAAAGAACUGACUGAGCAGCAGCUCCCUGGAGCACUUCCUCCAGAGUGCACCCCAAACAUUGAUGGACCAAAUGCAAAAUCAGUACAGCGAGAACAGAGUCUGCACUCCUUCCACACCCUCUUCUGCAGACGCUGCUUCAAAUACGACUGCUUCCUCCACCCUUUCCAUGCAACCCCAAACACGUAUAAACGAAAGAACAUGGAGAACAUGGUGGACAGUAAACCAUGUGGCAUUGACUGCUAUAUGUAUCUGGUUCAGGAUGGCAUAGUGAGGGAGUACCCGGUGGGUGUGGUUGCCGAGCGUGUGAAGACUCCUAUAAAGCGCUCAAUCGGCAGACGCAGGGGCCGCCUUCCCAACAGCAACAGCAGGCCGAGUACCCCCACAGUUAAUGCAGAGACUAAAGACACAGACAGCGAUCGAGAGGGGGGCACAGACAGCAACGACUGCAAUGACAAAGAUGAUGAUUAUAAGAAAGACGAAACUACCAGCUCCUCAGAGGCAAAUUCACGCUGUCAGACUCCAGUAAAGCUGAAGGUGAGCUCAGAGCCUCCUGAGAACGUGGACUGGAGCGGAGCAGAGGCAUCUCUGUUCAGAGUGCUUAUUGGCACUUACUAUGACAACUUCUGCGCCAUCGCUCGACUCAUCGGCACAAAGACCUGCAGACAGGUCUAUGAAUUCAGGGUAAAGGAAUCCAGCAUCAUUGCGCGUGCCCCUGCAGAAGAUGAAGAUACACCCCCACGGAAGAAGAAGAGGAAACAUAGAUUGUGGGCCACUCACUGUCGAAAAAUUCAGCUGAAGAAAGAUGGUUCCUCCAAUCACGUGUACAACUACCAGCCGUGUGACCACCCGCGACAGCCUUGUGACAGCUCCUGCCCCUGUGUCACUGCCCAAAACUUUUGUGAGAAAUUCUGUCAGUGCAGCUCAGAGUGUCAGAACCGGUUCCCAGGAUGCCGCUGUAAAGCCCAGUGUAACACUAAACAGUGUCCCUGUUACCUGGCUGUCCGUGAGUGUGACCCGGACCUGUGUUUGACCUGCGGAGCCGCAGACCACUGGGACAGCAAGAAUGUCUCCUGCAAAAACUGCAGCAUCCAGAGAGGAGCCAAGAAGCACUUGCUGUUGGCGCCCUCUGAUGUAGCUGGAUGGGGCAUUUUUAUUAAAGAGCCAGUUCAGAAGAACGAGUUCAUCUCUGAAUACUGUGGAGAGAUAAUCUCUCAGGACGAGGCUGACCGUAGAGGCAAGGUCUAUGACAAGUACAUGUGCAGUUUCUUGUUUAACCUGAACAAUGAUUUUGUUGUUGAUGCAACAAGGAAAGGCAACAAGAUCAGGUUUGCGAACCACUCUGUGAAUCCCAAUUGCUAUGCAAAAGUUAUGAUGGUUAAUGGGGAUCACAGAAUAGGCAUUUUUGCCAAGAGAGCCAUACAAACUGGGGAAGAGCUGUUCUUUGACUACAGAUACAGUCAAGCAGACGCUCUCAAAUAUGUGGGCAUUGAGCGUGAAAUGGAAAUUCCAUGAAGCCAUCUACCUCUGGAACAAAUGCCUUACACUCUUCAGGAAUUUUCACUCCACAUGCAUUUCCAAUACGUUUUCAUAUACUGGGUUUUAUAGGAUGAGGGGAUCUACUGAGAUUUUUAGCGUUUUUUUUUUUAGUUCAAACUGUUCUGUCUUUUGUUUUUUUUUCUCUGAACCAACAGGCUUACUCUGGGAUACACUUUUUGACAGUAACUUGAACAUUCACACUUGUUUACAGCUUAAGGUUUAGUAGAGAUCCUUGGAUGGGUGUCUUAAGGGCCAUUGUGUUCUCAGUAUUCCUGGAUUUGGAUUUUUUUUUAACUGUCAGUGAAUUGUUUUUGGAACCUUGGACCAAACUCACAGUACAAAAAUGGGUUGUAUGAUCAUAGAAUGCAUCUGUUCAACCACAAUCUAUUUUGAGAGAAUUUUUAUUAUUCAUAUGAAAACCAAAGUCACUUUUUCUGCUUGCAUGUCAUCUCACAAGCGUCUCUAUACAGAGGUAUCAAGUAAUAUCUGGAGCACUGUUGCGUCCAGAUGCUGUAAAAUAAUGUUUUUAGUUGAAAUUGAGAAAAGAAAAGAGAAGGAUAAAAAAUGUGGAAGGUAUAUUCAGUAUCUAACUUGCGGUGCCUUGAAAUUAUCACACUGAAUUGUUUUAUUGGGUUAGGUGUCCUAAAAUUAUUGAUAAACGUGUACUUAAUUUGGUGUGUGCGCAUGAACAAAGAUUUCAAAUGGAGUAGAAAUCAGGGAUCUUUUCAAUGUUUUAUAUGUAUUUUAUCCUUUUUGCAAUCUCUACAGUCUUUCACGACUACAGCGUUGAGCAGCUUUCAGCUAGACCUGACACUGUAUGAAGGAAAAUCUGGACAGUCGAUAAGGUCUUCCCCUUGCAGCUGACCUGUACUGUUAUCUAGAACACGGGAUACAAUCAGAUCUAGUGUGUGAACACUAGAAACCAGGAUUAAGUCAAAGCAAUACGACCAGCCUUGAAUUAUGUUCAUGAAAAGAUCUUAACCUGUCCGUAUUUAUUUGACCAGAUACUCUGUAAACAGUUUUUGCUAUUAUAAUUUAUUGAACUGUCCUUUGCUGUGAUCUGCCAGAUAAACUGAAUGAUUUUCUUAUUGUAAGUUAGGUAGCUGUUCACCGGUUUGUUUCUCCUCGAAACAUUUUGCUCCAGCAAUUUGUCCUUUAUUUCCCUGGGGGUUUGUGACCACUCCGUUUCUCUUUCUGCCUCUGAGCGUACACGGUGCUGAUUUGUAAUGUUUACAGGGAAUAUUGUUGAAAGUAAUAAAUAAAACUGAAAUAAA